AGAGAUAAACAACAGAGGUGAUUUCAUCUGCAAUCAUUAGACGCGCUAUGUUCGACGGCUUUAGACAAUCAUGGGUGCAAAUGUACGGAAAAAUUGUAAAUUCGUACCCCCGGAUGGUGGAUGGGGAUACGUUAUUUGUAUUGCGAUAUCAAUAAUAUUGGUGGUGUUAACAGGAUUCGUAAAUUGCUUUGGAAUGAUAUAUAAAGAACGAUUUGCUGAAUUAAACAUGGGUUCAACAAGUGUCACAUUACUCAAUUCUCUUGGAGUAAUGUGUGUUGCAAUAUCAGGUUUCUCAACGGGCAUGUUACUAAAUUAUUUAACGUUACGCAAACUUGGGUUACUAGCUGCAGUUUUAUACAGCGCGGGAUCAUUUGGUACAGCCAUGUGCAAUUCGGUUGGAAUGUUCUUUAUUUUUCAAGGAAUUUUGCAGAACCUUGGUCAAGGAUUGAUGUUGAACUUAUCUUACACGGUAUUGACCCAAUAUUUCGUACAAAAGAGGCUAUUUGUGAUCAGUAUCGCUCAAACUAUUGUAGCGCUAGCAACAUUUAUAACACCAAUACUGGUCAAAUGGGUGUUAGACCGGUACGGUAGUCUAUGGUCACUCCUGCUAUUGUCUGCAGUCAGCCUUCACAACUUUGUAGCAGUUAUCUUGAUGCAACCAGUUGCGUGGCAUUUGAAGAAGGUGCAAGUACCUGAAAACAAGGAAAAUGAAUUAAAGCCAUUUCAUAAAGACGAUAAACACGUCUGCUCAAGACAAGUCGGUUCUGCAAGCGGAGACAGCGAUCGCUUAAUAGCCGGGAGGAAAAAUGCUGAAAAUUCAGACGUUGAACGAAGACGAAACAUAAUAACCCAUUUUGUGGACAAAGAACUGUAUACGAAUUUUAUUUUAUCGAAUGCCUGCCUUGGAGUGUCAUUAUGUAUGUUUUCGGAUAUCAUAUUUCUUUCAAUGCUGCCUCAAGCUUUGUACUUUAUGGGGUGGAAUAAAGCUCUGGUCGCUUGGGCAUUACGUCUGUUCGGAAUUGGUAAUAUAAUAACAAGAAUGCUAUUUGUAUUAUGUAGCAAAUGGUUAUCUAAAGUUGGUACCCACGAGAUUUACGUCGUUGGAACUCUGCUUGCCUGCCUCUCCAGACUCGGUAUGCUCUGGUCGGAUAAUCGGACGAUAAUGUUAUCUUUCAUAGCAAUUAUAGGGAUAUCUCGAUGUAGUAUAAUGGUAUUACAUCCCUUGGUAGUAGCAGAUGCAGUGCCCCCUGAACAUUUCACAAAUGGGAUGGGAAUUUCUAUGCUAUCUUUUGGCAUAAUUAAUGUUAUUCUUGCACCAACUAUGGGUGCUAUCCGCGAGCUGACGGACAGUUAUGCUACUGUGUUUUACAUAUUAACAUCUUGUUUCGCCAUCGUCGUAAUUUUUUGGACAAUAGAAUUAGUUUAUAAGAAAAAUGCUCAUAAAAGACAACCAAAGAGAUAUAUACCUGAAAAACUGUCUCGUUCUCAAUAGUCUAUGGUCAAUAAAGGUUUAUGAAAUUAAA